GGCAUCAUCUUCAUAUUGAGUUUCUUUUAUUCUCCAAACAUUAAUUUUCAUUUAAUUAAUAUCAUCAAUUGGCAUGGCGAGUACAAAAGCCAACAAUUGUUCUGGAAAGACAAAGACGUUCACAGUGUUGAGCAUUGACGGCGGCGGGAUUAGGGGCAUAAUUCCAGGCACUCUUCUUGCCUUUCUUGAAUCCAAACUUCAGGAACUCGAUGGACCAAAUGUGAGAAUAGCAGACUAUUUUGACAUAAUUGCUGGAACGAGCACCGGAGGGUUGGUCACCGCCAUGCUUACAGCUCCCAACCCUAAGGAUAACGGCCGACCCUUGUUCGCUGCAAAAGACAUCAACGACUUUUACUUGCAACACACGCCUAAGAUUUUCCCUCAAAAUAGAGACUUUAUGACAGCCAUAACAAGUUGGCUUGACGCGUUCUCGGGGCCUAAGUACGACGGAAAGUAUCUGCAUUCGCUGCUAAACAGCCUGCUAGGAGACCUCACUCUCAAACAGACCCUAACAAAUGUUGUCAUCCCUGCUUUUGAUAUCAAGCUCCUCCAACCUGUGAUUUUCUACACCCAUGAUGCAAAAGAAAAUGCUUUGAGAAAUGCUCGACUAGCAGAUAUCUGUAUUAGUACCUCUGCGGCUCCCACUUAUCUCCCCCCACACAAAUUUACGACUCGCGAUGGCAAUGGGAAGACUCGCGAUUUUGAUCUCAUUGAUGGUGCCGUCGCUGCAAACAAUCCCACAAUGCUGGCGAUAAACCCUUUAAUCAGAGAAAUCGCGAAAGAAAAUUCAGAGUCAGGAGUCAUAGAACAAGAGGGGAAAAGGAUAUUAGUGCUAUCACUAGGAACAGGUGCACCAAAGCUUGAAGAGAAGUACAAUGCAGCCAAGGCCUCCGAAUGGGGUUUGCUUAAUUGGGUGUUCAACAAUGGCAGCACUCCAAUCGUCGACAUCUUCAGCGACGCGAGUGCUGAUGUCGUUGAUCUUCUUGUGUCCAAUAUCUUCCAGGCCCGUAAUCACCAGAAAAACUACCUCCGUAUUCAGGAUGACAAUUUGGUUGGCAAUGAGUCAUCGGUGGAUAUAGCGACAAAGGAGAAUCUGCAAAGACUAGUAGAGAUUGGGAAAAAGCUGUUAGAAAAGCCAGUUUCGAGGGUGAAUCUGGAAACCGGCAGAUGCGAGGCUAUUGUCGGAGAAGGGACCAAUGCCGAAGCUCUUACCAAAUUCGCUGAACUUCUUUCCGAGGAAAGGAAGCUCCGAUCCACUAAAUGAAAAAUGAAAAUCUCUCCAUUCUUUUUUAUUUUAUUCGUGCUUAUUUGUAUACUUGGAAAAAAAAAAAAAGGAAGUUAAUUCUUUUAAGCUAGCUUUAUC